CAGGCGGAGGGUACUCGCAUUGUCUUUAUGCUAAUAAUUCGCACCUCUCUCUCUCUCUCUCUCUCUCUUCCCCUCUGUGUUCGCGUCUCCAGAGCGCACUUAUAAAAAGCGAGGAUGCGUGGGUCAAGGAUCGAUUGAGUUUUAAGCUGCAUUUGUCGCCACCGUUCAAUCCGAGUGACCAGGUCGGUCAUGAGUUGUCUGGAUGUUAUGUAUCAUAAGUCUUAUGGAGCGCACCAGUAUCUACCAUCAGCAGCCGCAGCCGCCUACACCGCAGCGUAUUAUCACCACCACCACUCGCAGCAGAAGUUAGCCCUGUACAGUAAGAUGCAGGAGUCCAUGGAGAACAACUCGCAAGGCAAAGAGAGCGAGAAGGAGCAGGCUCCCGAGGCAGAGUACAUCAGUUCCAGAUGUAUUCUGCUCACUUACGUCCAGGGAGACGUGGGCGCCGUGGUUGAUGAACAUUUCAACAGAGCCCUGAGCCACUUCAACGCGGAUAGCCCAAGCUCAAAGACCCGCGCAUCAUCCAGCACCUUGUGGAAAGAAGGAUUGACGGUUUCUGCAAAUCAGAAGAACAGCUUCCCUGCUUCCUUCUGGAGUAGCACUUACCAGCCUCCCGCGCCGUCCUGUCUGAGUGGCAACCAUCACGAUUUCUCCGCUGCGACCGGCGGCGUCUUUCAUUCCCCCGAUUCCAUGGCGUGGCCUGGACAUGGACUACACCAGGCGGGCGCGCCGCCGCCAAAUGCCGAGGCGUGGUCCUACACGUUGGCAUCGCAGGGGAGUCCCAGCUACCCACUAGUGCACGACGUUUACCCGCACAUGCACCACCCACACGCCCACCAUCAUAAUCCGCACCUAGACCCUCGGUAUGGGUCGCUGCUGGUGCCGUCCGUAAGAGCAGCCCGCAUUGCCGCAGCGCCGGCUGAAAUCACAAAGACAGAGGCUACUGCAGCCGCCGCUUCUCCCUGGACUGGAGCCUUUCAUGGGACCCUGGACAUGGUGCAGGGGGUUGACACAGGACUCCUACAUCAAGAGAAAAGCAAGGAGCCCACUUGGUUCUAAACCAAAGUGUUCCCCCUUUAUUCCACAACCUUUUAAGUUAAAAGUAUCUACGUCAUCUUGGUAUUCGCCUUUUGUAUGGUGGAUCUUUCCCUGGCUAACGAAAAAAUGCACCCUGCAUUCUGGUGGAAUAAAAUUGGGUGUCAAACAGACUUGUUCUGGAACCAUUACAGUGUCUUCAGAAGAAUUGUUAUAAUGGAAAACAAAGGAGAUUCUAUUCUGAACAAACUGACAUUUUUUUUUAAAGAGGAAAAUAAAAAAAGAGUUUUCAAAGAGUGAUGAAGUACAUCAACAAGUAUUACUGCCACAAGAAAACAGAACUAUAUAUUUUCAGUGUCCAACAAUGGGUUUCGUAGUAUUUGAUGUUUUUAGGGGGGGGGGGUCAUUAACACAAGUAGAGUGAAUAUUUGCAUUGUACAUUUUCUGAGGGUGAAGCACUGGGUGAAUUAUUGUAUCAGGCACAACUGAGAAAAAAAAACUUUUAUUUUUGUGGUUUAAGAAGUAUGUGAAGUGUUGGAUUUUUAAAAUAAAUUUCUAAUACAGUGA